AUGCGUCGCGGCGACAGAUGUUCAUACAUAGAUGAGUACGGCCUCCCUACGCCCGUUCCGCAAUCUCCGGCCGCCUCCGCGCCACAGACCGGGCCAUCCCCGGAGCCCCCGGCACCUUCGCCACCUUCGUCGGAUCGCCUGGACGACAUCGAGCUCACGCACAUCUUCCUUACCAAGACCUACAAGACCCUCUGGUACCGCGAACCAGUGCCGUCAUUAUGGAAGGGCGUCGCCUUCGAGGAGGCUCUGAAGGAGCCCGCACUCCUCGGCGGUAUCCUCGCCAUCUCGGCCAUGCACGUCAUCGCCACCAGCGACCGGCCCGAGAAGCGGUACCAGGUCAUGGCGCUUCGCAACCAGGCCGUCGCGCUGGAGGGAUUCGUCAAACUCCUGCCUAGAAUCACAGAGGAGACGGCCGACGCCGCCUUCCUCCUGUCGGUCCUCGUCACCCACUGGGCCUUCGCCUCGAGGAGUCUCCCGGCCGAGCUGGGCAUCUUCUCUACCACGCACGACUACUCAGCGUGGACGUUCCACGAGGCCAGGCAUGACAAGGUCUCCGAGGUGCAAGACUUUGUCGACAUCAUCCGCAAGACCCAGCCCGUUCGGCAGCUCGUCUUCCAUGGCAGGCCAUGGCUCCUGGGUGGCAAGCUUGCGGAGAUGAUGAAGAUUCCCAAAAGCCACGAGCUCCCGGUCCUUCCGCCGUUUGUGGACCAAGCACUAGACAAGUUACUGCUACGCGCGGAGCAGGAGAGUUGCGUGCUCUUACCCCUGGAGAAGAACGGGCGGCCCCUCCUCUCUCUGAAGCUCAUAUACAGGAUCUCUAUGCGCGCCGAGUGGGCAGAAGGCCUCAUGGGCUGGAUUACUUGUUUGCCUCCGGAGUUCGUCGCCCAGCUCGAGACUGGGGAGAACAUGGCUAUGAUCAUGUUGAGCUACUGGGCGGUGUGUAUGUCUGUCCUUGAUGAGCGCUGGUGGGCUACCGGGUGGGGCCAUGCACUGGUCUCGGAGAUCGCCAUCAGAGUUGGCCCCGAGUGGGCUGAGCUGGCGGACUGGCCUGUCAAGAACUACCACUGGUUGAAGCAGGGUGUGGAUUAA